CAUGAGGAGUUGAAAGUUACUAAACGUGUUACUUGUUGACAGCUAACCUAACAAUUUCAUUUUGUGAAAAAGUGGAAUUUUUGUGUUAAUUGUGAAAAAUGGUGGAUGAGGAAGACCCAAAAGAGUACCGAUGGGAGACCGGAUACGAGAAAACAUGGGAGGCUAUAAAGGAAGACGACGAUGGGUUUCUGGAGGCUUCAGUUUCUGAAAUUAUACAAAGGGCUAAACGAAAAAGACAGGCACAAAAACAGGGCAGUUCCAAGUUGGGAAUGAUGAGACAUUUAUUCAUGAUUGUUGAUUGUUCAGAGUCUAUGUCGAGUCAAGAUCUGAAGCCUACACGUCUUCUAUGCACCAUCAAGUUGUUGGAAAACUUCAUUGAGGAGUUUUUUGACCAAAAUCCGAUCAGCCAGCUCGGAAUCAUCAUAAUGCACAACAAACGUGCUGAGAAAAUCAGUGAUUUGGCCGGAAACGCCCGAAAACAUAUCAAAGCUGUGCAAAAUCUUAAACAGACUUCACUUGUGGGUGAACCAUCGUUGCAGAACAGUAUCGAGAUGGCUUUGAGGGCGUUGAAAUUGUUACCAUCGCAUGCAAGUAGAGAGAUUUUGGUAAUUAUGGGUAGUUUGACCACUUGUGAUCCUGGUGAUAUCACAACAACAAUUCAGAUGUUGAAGACAGAAGGGGUCAGAUGUUCAGUGAUUGGUUUGGCUGCUGAAGUAUACGUUUGUAGACAAUUAGCGAAUCAAACUGGUGGAUUAUACAAUGUUAUUUUGGAUGAUUGUCAUUUCAAAGAUUUAUUGUAUCAACAAGUGGAUCCACCACCUGCCGCACAAACGCUCGAAUCAAAUUUAAUUAAAAUGGGUUUUCCACACCAGAUGUCUGUUGAAGGUACUGAAGAGCCUUUGACAAUGUGUAUGUGCCACGUGGACAGCAUUGACGAGGGAAGUAAAUUAAACACAGGUGGUUAUUACUGCCCCCAAUGUUACAGCAAAUAUUGCGAAUUACCUGUUGAAUGCCGUGCUUGUGGUUUAACUUUAGUCUCAGCCCCACAUUUAGCACGAUCUUACCACCAUUUAUUCCCUGCAGCUAAUUACACUGAAGUGGUUUACGACAACCAAACUCCGAUUUGUUUCGCCUGUCAAAAAAAUUUCACCGAAAAUGAAAAACAAGUGUACGAAUGUCCUAACUGUUCGAAAAUCUUUUGCAUAAAUUGCGAUAUUUUCGUGCACGAUAUUUUGCACACAUGUCCCGGAUGUGCAACGAAUUUGUCAACGUUUCAGAUUGCUCACACGACUCAAUAAAAUGCUUAGUUUAUUGAACAAAUAGAAAAAAAUACGUUACAUAAAUUCUUAUAAGUUAAUAAAUUAGUUUUUACUUUACUAUAAA